CUAUUAGUCAAAGCUAAAUCUUCACUUAAUUGUCCAGAAUAUUAAGGAAUGACCGUGUGUCGUGUGGGUCAUCGGCACCUGGCCAGGGUGUAUAAAGGGCCCAGAGCAGGAGCAAGACAUUCACACCUGAGAACACUCAAGUCCUCUCACCAGCUCAACCCAACUCAGCCCCAGACACCAUGACCGGCUCCUGCUGUGGCUCCACCUCCACCUCCACCUCCCUGGGCUGUGGGGGAGGCUGCUUCCAGCCCUGCUGCUGCCGCGACCCCUGCUGCUGCCGCCCCGUGUCCUGCCAGACCACCGUGUGCCGCCCCGUGACCUGCGUGCCCCGCUGCACGCGCACCAUCUGCGAGCCCGGCCGCCGCCCAGUGUGCUGUGACCCGUGCAGCCUGCAGGAGGGCUGCUGUCGCCCCAUCACCUGCUGCUCCACGUCCUGCCAGUCUGUGGUCUGCCGCCCCUGCUGCUGGGCGACCACCUGCAGCCAGCCCAUCUCUGUGCAGUCCCCGUGCUGCCGCCCCUCCAGCUGCCAGCCCGCCCCCUGCCAGACCGUCUGCAGGACCUUCCCCAGCUGCUGAGCAGCGCAGAACAAAAUCCUCCUAGGUAUUCAGAAACAGGUACAAGUUCUUCCCACUCCCGAUGGAUCCAGUGGGAGACACCACUUUUGCAACCUACCUGCCUUCAACAACUGAACUCAAAAGUAACUAUGCAUUUUCCCACAUAAUUAUGCAGCUAAUUCUGGUCCUCUUUGACAAUCUUUAGAAAAAUUCCAGCUUUCAUCGUUUGAAUUCCUUGCUUGAAAAAAAAUGAAUAAACAAAAAUCAAAGUUCCUCUUGAACGGAGUGCUAUCCCACUGACUCAUCAUCCCUUCUGCACUAUUUCAAGAUGGGAUAUUUUUCUAGGAUAAUAUUACACUUAUGCCAGGGUUUUGCACAGUAAAAUAAUAAAGUUUUAUAUCUGGGAAGCAAAUAUGUUUCUCUUUAUUGUUUAUUAAUCUUCAGAAGCUGAUU